AUGUCCAGAUUCUUCUCCAGCCCCGUCCUCGUCUUCUCCUCCGCCGUCUCUCUCCGCAUAGUCCUCCUCUUCUACGGCCUCUGGCAAGACGCAAACUCGCCUCUCAAAUACACCGAUAUAGACUACUACGUCUUCACCGACGCGUCGCGCUUCGUGUCCCACGGGGACUCGCCCUACGCCCGCGAAACCUACCGCUACACGCCCCUGCUCGCCUGGCUGCUGCUCCCCACAGCCUGGUCCAGCACGUGGUUCUCCUUCGGCAAGGUUCUGUUUGCCGUCGGCGACAUCAUUGCCGGAUGGCUCAUUGUCCUUGUCUUGCGAAGCCCGGAAUCGGGUGGGAUGGGCACGAGCAUGAGCGUGAGCAUGAGCCUGGAGCGGGCGUUGAAGUUCGCGAGUAUCUGGCUCCUCAACCCCAUGGUGGCUACCAUCAGCACGAGGGGGAGCUCGGAGGGCUUGCUGGGCGUGAUGGUCAUCGCGCUGCUGUGGGCUAUUACGAGGAGGAGGAUUGUGCUGGCGGGGGUGCUGUUAGGACUGGGUGUGCAUUUCAAAAUCUACCCGUUCAUAUAUGCGCCGUCUAUCAUCUGGUGGAUGGACGAUGAGCACAUCGGAAGCAAUGCGACCAAGCAAACCAAAGCUGCUGAACAGGGCUCGGAUCUCAUCCGUGUGGCAAGGAGAUUUUGCAAUGCUCCUAGGAUAACCCUCACGCUCACCAGUCUGGCUACGUUUGGUGGCUUGAACAUAUUGAUGUACUCCAUCUACGGCUUCCCUUUCCUCCAACACACCUACCUGCACCACAUCACGCGUAUCGACCACCGCCACAACUUCUCCCCCUACAACACGCUCCUCUACCUCUCCUCCUCCCUCCCCGCUUCCUCGCCAACCCUAAAACUCGAAUCCCUGGCCUUCAUCCCACAACUCUUCCUCUCAGCCAUAGCCCUCCCGCUCCUCCUCGCAAAGAAAGACCUCCCGUCAACCAUGCUCGCGCAAACAUUCGCCUUCGUAACCUUCAACAAAGUCUGCACUAGCCAGUACUUCCUCUGGUACAUGGUCUUUGCCCCCUUCUACCUCCCGCGCUCCUCCCUCCUCGCGCGAUCAGCCCUGGGCAUAGCCGCGGCUGCACUUUGGGUCUCCACGCAAGCCCUCUGGUUGCAGCAAGGCUUCCAGCUCGAGUUCCUGGGAAACAGCACGUUCGCGCCUGGGUUAUGGGUAGCCAGUAUGCUGUUCUUCCUGACUAAUUGCUGGAUCCUGGGCAUCAUCGUGAAUGAUAUCGGGGGAUCUGCUGCUGUGGAUUGGGAUAAGAAGAUGGGGAGAAAGUACAUCAAGACAUAG